UUGAAAUGAGAUUGUGUUCUUUCUGAAAAUUUGGAAGCCUGGAGUACAUGGCAAGGGGAUGGUGCCAGUUAGGAGGAGGCAAUGACCUACAUGAACUGAUGUCCCUAAGCUGUCAAAGUGACUCAGACAGAGUUGCUGACAGGAUUUGUGAGGGGACGAGUGGUGGGAGCAGAUCUGCAGUGCUGAAGGGGAAGAAGAGAAGGGAGUCACACAGGCUCUCUGUAACAAGUUCCUGUUCCUGGGGGGAGAGAUUCUAACAGUGUGUCAGGGCAGCAGUAGCUAGCUGAGAGUAAAAUACAGAGAGUGAGGUAUAUGACGAGGGGAGAAAGCAGGGCAAACCUGUUAGAUCUGAAGGACAGGGCAAGGGGCAGGGAGGGGUGGGGGGGCAGUGCUGAGAGUCGAAAGGGGAGCCCGAAGGUCAGGAACAAGUCUUACCCCCUCUCCAAUUCCACUGUCCCCUGCACCAUCCUACACAUCAGCUUUCUGGGAGAAUGUCCCAGGAAAAGGUGAAAUGAAAUGCCUGGGGAAAGUGAAAGAGCUGAUAAAGAUUAGAAAGCUGGAAUGAGGCAAGCGAGGAGACAUAAGGUUUCUUUUGGGGUGAUUACAUACUGAAAGUGGAAACCUGACACUCAGGAUUCUGGGCCCUGCCUCUACCUGAUCCCAAGGUCUGAAAUGUUGAAAGGCAAGGUUCUCGUCGAGUCUCCACCUGCGCGGCCAAAAUGGAGACGCUCUGCGUUGGGGUGUGGCCGCCGGAAGUAGCUUCCCGCUCCGGCGCUGCUGCGCCAGCGCGCCCGGCUGCAAACAGAAGGGAGACGCUAAAGGGUUCCGACAGGCAGCGCGUGGGCGGGACAGGACCCCUGGGGACAAGGUCCCUCAAAGCUGGAAUCUCCUUCUUCCCCGCAGCGGGCAGAUCCGCUACACGUAGGUUGUGGCAUCGUUUGAAGAGAGGUUACCUUGUUCUGAGCCACAGACCUCCCAUCUGCAGAAUGGGGUGGACGUAUGCUGGUGGGAGAAGAGAUUUGUCACCAGCUUGGAGAAUGGAAGCCGCUUCCCCCAAGAAGACGCAGCUGCUGACUGGAGAGCUGGCGCUCCUGAUCCACUACCAAAUUCUGUUCUACACUCUGCAACUAGAGAUGCUGUUAGAACACAUGCCAGAUCACAUCGCUUCUCUACUCAAAACCCUCCCAGGGCUUCCAUCACACUCAAAAGAAAAGGUUUCAUCAAUACGUGAAAAGCCUGACCUUGACCUGAUGGGCAGGAAGAUGGACCUUGACCAUAAACCACAGCCUAGAAAGAAGAAAAAAGUUAACAACUCUUCUCAUCAUUAAGCCAAAGAAGUAGAAUGGAGAUAAUGUUACACACACACAAAAAGUUUUAUGAACAUCUUGUUGUUGUCUCUAUUUUUCUGAUUUUGCCAUAGACUAGUAACAACUUUUUCACAGAGCAGCCUUGGCCCAUGGACAAAUGUCUGGUAAUCGUUGAUCUUUACCACAGCAGCAAGUCGAAUGACUAAAGAAGAGUCCACCAUCAGAUUUCUAGUCAUUAGACCAGCCUCCUGUUUUUGGAUAUUCAGUUCGUCUCCAGUUAUUUCCUAUAUAAAGAGUGUGGCAAUGAACAUCCUUGAAGCUCAAUCUUUUCUCUCACCUUUACUGAUUUUCUUAGGAUAAAUUCCUAGACGUAGAACUUCUAGGUUGAAGAAUAUGCAUGUUUUAGGCUUUAGCUCAUUUUGCCCAGCUGUCUUCCAGAAAGAAAACACCAAGUUUCAUGGUUAUCUCCCCACAGAUGUUUCACAAAACUUGAAUUGCUAACACAAGUCACCCCAGGAUCCUUCCUGAACUGCUCUUUUGGUCAGGGGUUUGAGUUGGCAACCUUCUGCCCCCUACAACCUGUGCCACCUCCAUCCCUCCCAAGAUCAAAGUCACCUGCAUAUUUACAAGUGGUCACUGCCCGUCUUACAUCCUCCCAUGCCCUCCCUCAGUCCCCCCGAGCUAGAGAAAUAAAGUCAGGGCUCUGGUCAGCUUCAGACAUGAGGCUGGGCCAUCAGGGCCUGCUGACACCCCCAGCCUCAGUGCUUACCUUUCUCUGGCACAUCCAG